AUAACUUCUACGCAAUAUUGUCUCUUAGGUGCUGCUCAUGUUGGACUGCAACAGGAGCACACACAUGACAUAAGAGAAGACGCAUCGCCAGAAGAAAGAGAAAGGAGCGACAAGAGGUCCAAGAGGACGGCUAAAAGGAUAGUAGAGUGCACAUGCUUGUUGUACUAGUAGUCUCAGAGUAAGCGGAAGAGGGCAGUAAUGUGUGAAUGCAAGAAAAAAAGUGACAGUCAUCGCUGUUGAUGGUUAAGCUCAAGCUUGAGUGAUCUUUAGCUGGUUCCUCCUGCAAGUCAUGGAAGAGAUCGGUAUCGCAAGCUUCAAGGCUAAAUCUUCAAGAACUAAGAAGAUGAGAUCUGCAUCUUCAAGCCUCACGAGAAGGAGGCGCCACCUGCUGGCUGGCCUUCUGACGGCAUCUUCGAGUGUAUCGGCAGAUACUGCAUCAAGUGCAGCGAUGGGAGGCGUGGAUAUCGAGAACGUGAUAGAGCUGAGCAACGAGAACCUAUUAUGAGAAGACAACCGGUUAGUUUUUACCUCUAGCGUUUAGCCCUUCCAACAACUUAUUACGCGAAGACAGUAGGUCGUUUAAUAUCCCGAUCCCUCCAAUCUUCAUCAAGAGAGUAGACUGCUGCUGCUCUGUUUAUACAAAUACAAGUAGGAGGUGUUUCUCUCUUCCAGAAAGUAAUUGGAUCUUCUUCUCAGUCCGUAUCCUUACAUCCUGUUCUUCCUUAUCCUUAAUACAUCCUGUUCUUUCUUCAUUUUCCGACCUCGCAAAGACGUCAGCAAAAGUAGCAGCUUUGGCAGAAUCUUCUGCCAAGGCUGCGGCGAAAGCAGUUGCGGAAUUCCCACAAGUUUUGGCCGACAUCGAAAGUGCAGUGGAGGCUGCGGCAAAACAGUCAGCACUCGGAACGCUAGCGGAUAUCCAAAAGGCCGCCAAAGAACAGCUAGCUGCUGCUUCCAAACAGAUGGGGAAAAGUGCCUCUAGUAUGAACAAAGCAAAGGAGGUCGCUGACGCAGUAGCGCCGUUUCACGAGGCUUUGGUGACGGCACAGCAGCAUGUCAUGUUCUACAGACAACGAGCACUAGAAUACGACACCGCAGGUACUACUACAACUAGUGUAACUUCCAGUCCUCCUUUUCGCAGAAGUAAGUAGAAAAUGAUGACAUUAUCACACUUGAUAAUAAGCCACUUAGAGAUUGAUAGUGUUUGCAUUAUAGAGAAAUUUGAACAAGGUAAUCAACUUUGACAACAUGCGAAUCAGGCUUUGCUUGUUCUGAAACAUCAAUACUUUCCCUUUUCAUGUUCUUACUUCUUUGUCACUACUAACAUACUACUGGUUCUUGUUCAUUAUACGUAAGUAUCUAUACCUCAACUUAUUUGCAGCCCGCGCUCUCGUAGUCGAGAUGCAGAAGCCUUGGAUCACAGGAGACUGGCUAACCAAGGAGAACAUGGAGAAGCAACAGGCUCAGCUGGAAAAGGAAUCAGAGUCCUACGCAGCUCGCGCCGCUGAGAUCCAGCGCUCCUUUGCCUCCUAUCUUAAGGCUGUACCUAAUACAUCUUUGGCCGCGUCCACCUUGAAGAAGUGUAUGGAGGAGUAUCCACCUAAGGGAAUAAUACUCUCCCAUAGUACUUUUCAAGGAUGCACUUGAAAGAUGAAUUACGGACAGCUCUAACUAUCGCGAUGGUGCAGCGGCGGCGGCUGCGGGGGUAGCGGCAUGAGCUGGUCGUGGAGAUCGAUUGGGAAGAUUCAGAUUGUGACUGUGAAUUUUCAUCCCAGAGGGUCGUGGUGACAUAAAGGUGAGGUUCGUUGUUGUAUUUUCUUUUCCAUCCAGUUUCACUGUCAGGACACUUCAUGUUUGGUACAUGAUAGAAGGCGCCGCCCGAAUGCGCAGAGAAGAGAAUCGUGGCUCAACAUCUGCACAGAUCUGAAUUGAACACAAAUUUUCCGUAGACAUAUUGAACAAAGAAAGACGUACCCUACUGUAGUCUGCCAAACGCACCAAUCAUUAGUCAUUUAUCAAGCGAUUACCUGAGUUUUAUGGUUUGCGAAAGACACUAGAAAAGAAGUUCUUUCACUCACGAUCUGAUUGAGUCCUGGACGGAGAAUGCUUGAUGCAU